GGCAGCAGCGCUACCUGUCUGUCGGGUCCAGCUGAUCUGAGUCAGGAUGAUUCACUGAGGCGUCGAUACCUGAAUGGACCCACAACGAGGACAGAGGCUCUAAUAACACUCUGCGUUUCAUCAAAUGGCAGCUAGUUUCAUGUCGGACCUGUCUGGAUGGAGGAGACUCUAAACACGGCGUUAUGGCCAUGGAGAGCAGCCUGUGGAGUACCUGCGACUACAGCCACAACGUCACCUUCUUCUACAACUUGGUGGGUAAGAAGAUCAGCGACGUGUGGACGACGCGAGACUUCGUGGUGAUCGGACUGGGCCUGACGGUAUGUCUCAUCGUUGUCCUGGCCAACUUGAUGGUGAUGUUCGCCAUCUCCAUGAACCAGCGCUUCCACUUCCCCAUCUACUACCUCCUGGGCAACAUGGCCGCAGCUGACCUGUUCGCUGGCAUCGCCUACGCCAACCUGAUGUUGAACACGGGCCCCUGGACCAGCACGCUCACCAAGGAGCAGUGGUACAUCCGCAUGGCUUUGAUCGACAUCAGCCUGACGGCCUCCGUGGCCAACCUGUUGGCCGUCGCCGUGGAGCGCCACCAGACCAUCAUCACCAUGCAGCUGCACAGCAAGAUGACCAAGCGGCGCGUGGUGCUGCUGAUAGUCUGCAUCUGGGCCGUGAGCAUCAUCAUGGGCCUGGUGCCCUCCAUGUUUUGGAACUGCGAGUGCGAUCUGGACGACUGCUCCACCGUCGCUCCCCUCUACAGCCGCCGUUUCCUCAUCUUCUGGGCAAUUCUCAACCUCUUAACUUUCUUCAUCAUGGUGGGCGUGUACACUCGUAUCUUCGUCUAUGUGAGAUACCAGACCUGCUACGCGUCCGAGCACAGCACGGAGAUGCGGAACAGGCAAACUAUCGUCAACCUGAUGAAAACCAUCUCCAUGGUUCUUGGCGCCUUCGUAAUCUGCUGGAUGCCUGGCCUCGUGACGCUCUUACUGGACGGGCUUCUGGGUAAAGCCAGCAACGCAAACACCUACGAGAAGUUCUGUUUGGUGAUAGCAGAGUGCAACUCUCUGGUCAACCCCAUCAUCUAUUCCCUGCGAGACGUCGAGAUGCGGAGGACGUUCAAGUGGAUCCUGUGCUGCCUUUGUCGAAGAGGUGGCGACCGGCAGAGGGCGCUGUCACCUGUCGAGAUGGACUCCCCGCUGCCAGAGGUACAGAAACUCUUCGCUGUUUCCAGAAGUCAGAAGAUCAGGCCGCCUGUACAGAAACAAACAACAAAGAAGACAGAUGGACAAUGGUGGGGGUAUGAUGGCUGCUGGCCUGGAAUUUAAAAAAGACUUUUACUGUCCUCUGUAACCAGCACACACGGUGUAACAUUCAUUGUUUCUUUGUUUUUUCUGCUGGAUGUCAAGUCAACUUCUGCCAAAUGACUCAUCCAUGUUUGCAUUUGUGAAUUGAAUGAAAAAAAAUAUAUAUAAAGAUUCAUCUUUUGAAAAGAA